ACCAUAGAGAUAUUAAAAGGUCUGGCUUCAGGUUUGGCUUAUAUGCAUCAUUUUCCCAUCAUCCAUGGCGACCUUAAGCCUGAAAAUGUUGUCUUAACUGUGGAGGGAGUUCCAAAAAUAAUAGAUUUUGGUUGUGCUAAUGAGGGCAAUGGUGCAUGUCGACGCAUGUCUAUAGGUUACGUGCCUUUUGAAUCUCUGAGCUGUGGGAUAUCAAUGCCAUAUAAUGACAUCUAUGCCCUUGGAGUGAUUACAAUACAGUUAAUCACAAAGAGGGCUAAUUUCAUUGGACCAGAUUACAAACAUGUGAGUACAAUAGCGGAGGAGGAGUUCAAAGAAAGUGGACAUGUACUUCAUCAGACUUUGAUAACUAGCGGUUGCAAUCAGCUUGAAGCAAAGAGAAUCACCAAGCUAGCCCUAAGUUUGACGGCAAUAGGAAGCCACCAUCAAACAGCUGAAGAGGUGCUCAACAAAUUAUGUUUCUUGAGAGAGAAGAGAGUUACAAAAUGGAUUAGAAAAACUGUUGAAUUCAUUAGACGUUGGUGAAACUUAGGUGUAGAUUCAUUACAACUUUAUUUGUAAGUUUUUGAGUUUGACUAGAGCUGUUAUAAUGUUAGGUGUUAUGUAAUUUUCGUUUAGGAAUGAAUAAAUGUAUUAUGACAAUU